CAAAGUAUAGUGGAAAAGUGAAAUGAUCAAAAACGCAGGAGUCUGAUAAUGACGACGUGUACAUCAAAAGAGCUGCGAUUUAUUUUCGGAACUGUCGCAGUGCUCUUGUUCUGUGUUCUCUCAUUGACAAAUAUACAAAGUUCAUACCUUGUGGAAAGAAAUGCCAACUUUUUGCUUCAGUUCAAACCUGCCAAAACGCGGAAGGACACGGUUUCAAAUUUUACUGCGAUUUCGUUAAAACCCGAGCAAAGACUUUGUGCUUUGUGUGAACAUGUUGACACCAUCCACAGAUUCAAAAUGACUAGUCUUAAAUUUUCUAGAUUAGAAACGAUCAAAUAUGACACUGAAGGGACUAUUGUUGUUGCCAUAGAAACGUAUGACAUGAAAAAUAACUCCAAAACUGUUGGUGAUGACGUAAUAGUCAUUUGGGCCAGCCAAGCAGACGGGGACGGACUUGUUUCCGGUCACGUGAUCGACCACAAAAAUGGCUCCUACACGGGCACUGUUAAAGUUUUCUGGACCGGAUUUACAAAAGUGAAUGUAAAAUUGGCCUCAUCGCUUGAAAAUACUUGUCUUCGAUUGAAAGCCUUAAAGAAGUACGGAAAUACCGUGUUUGCGAUGAAGGAAUCCUGGGGUAUAAAAGGAACAUUCAGAACAAAUCUUGUUCGGGAGGUUACUAAUUGUGGGGCCAAUCAAAAGAUUUUUGGUUUCAGAGAUGUGUGCAAUUUUACGUCCCUUAACGGUGGUAUGUCAUGGUUCUGUGGAAAACCGAAACACCCAAAACUGCUGUGUUCGGAUAUAGAUUCGUUCGGUACCGGACGAAUUGAUAAUAGUAUGGUAGGUCAGAGUGAAAGGAUACAAAAUAAUGGACAUGGAAUAUUUAACCAGUACUUAUUAUUAGAUAUACAAAACUAUCGCACGGAAAAGAGAAACUAUUCAUGCAGUCUUCGUCCACCAUUAUUGUCAUGGAAAGAAUCUGAGCCUAGCGGAUUCUGGUUAGAUGGUCAUUGGAAUUUUGUGAACUGUUACAGCAGUAUUAAGCAUGACAUAACUCCGUAUAGACAGUGUUUGAAAAACAAAAAUGUUGUAAUUAUCGGAGACUCGACUUUGAGACAGUACGCGGAAUAUUUUAUUAAAGAAAUUUUAGGACUCGGACCUGUCGAUAUGAAAGAUGCGAAGGGUCCAAAUAGACAAUAUCACGACUACAAAUUAUUCAAAAGUUCUGGAAUAAAUUUGAUGUACAUAAAGCACGAAAUGCCAUUUCAUAAUCCAAAUUUCCCAGUGAAAAGCAUUUCCUCCGUGCCAGAGAUACUACGUACCAUGGAGGAUAAUGAUUUAGAAGAUAAUUCUCUGAUUUUAAUUAUAAAUUAUAACUCUCAUUUUUCCGCUUAUCCGCCGUCAAAGUUUAGGGAACGGAUACGAUAUUUGGCAGUAGCCAUUGAAAGAUUUCUGAGCAGGAAACCAAGAACUAAAAUAUUCUUUAAAGGACCUCAUCUUUGUAUAGACGAUACACGUUGGUUUGAUGCGAGAAUUUCAUUGCUGUAUAAACAAAUUAUUCAAGAAGAGUUAUCAAAACUUAUGAAUAAUGUGAUAUAUCUGGAUAACUGGUCAAUUACCGUUGCCCACAACAAUGAACAACUUCACCCAGACGGAGAUGCAUUCUUCAGCCAUAUUAAUCAACUAAUGGCUUAUAUAUGCUGAUAUCAACAAUUACAUCAAGUUAAGUUUUGAACUCUGAAUAAUAUUUCAAUAAGUUACCUUCGUUUGUGUGUUUAAUUUGGCAGCCGUUUUAUUACUCUGUUUUCAUCUUGGAGUUAUUUCAGUUCACCAUCAAAAUGUCACUUCUGCCUGGAGUAUACCGUUUACCUACAGAAAUACUCGAUAUCGUUACGAGCAAGUGUUGGACUGGGUUAUAACAAAAGUUGUAAUGGGACCAACGUGGCCGAGUGGUUAAGGUCGAUGACUUCGAAACACUUGCUCAUCACCAAUUAGGGUUCAAGCCUCACUUGGGGCGUUGAAUUUUUCAUGUGAGGAAGUCAUCCAGCUGGCUUUCGGAAGGCUGGUGGUUCUACCCAGGUGCCCGCCCGUGAUGAAAUAGUGCACGGAGGGGCGCAUGAUUCUUCCUCCACCAUCAAAGCUAUGCUAGAUAUAAUUGUGUUGAUGCGAGGCUAAACCCAACAAAACGUUGUAACCGUGAAACUUAUAGUCAAGUUCCGUAUCAUCCGAAUAAGUUGAGGUGAUGAGAUGGACAGAGCAGGGUCUUUAAAAAUUGACCCUUCUGUAGACAAAACUUGAACAGUAUAUAUGUUAUCAGUCCUUAUAUUCAAAAUUAUCACAGUUAUAGAGAAUUGUCUUUCAAAUGUCCAGAUUUAUGUUUGUUGAAGCAAGGUCCUACAUUUUACAAGUGUUUAAAUGGUGGGUUAAUGCCAUUUUAAAUGCGUCAUUCACAAUUAUAUACACUUUUUGCACCACAAAUGUGAACACUCUUUUAUUAAUACGUGUUGUAUUGUUUUCUGAAACAAUAAA